AAGACUACCCCUAUCCCUACUAUACUUAGGGAAUUAAGCACCCCACCGGCCUACCUACUCCUUAAAGCUAUACGGAUAAGACACGUAGUACGACUUUGGUCACUUAAUAGCCACUACCCGCUAGUAAUAAGAAUUCGUUUAUACCGGUCCCGAGAUAAACCGAUCCCCCCCUCCGCCCUACUAUCCUUACUAACACGGCGGUAA